CCUCCGCUUCACCCGCACAUUCACGCACCCAGGACGGCGGAUUACACCCCUGCACCGGCUCCACACGGGCGGCAAUGGCGAGUGGAGACGGACGGGAAACUUUAGACUCCUGGCUCAACAAGGCCGCAGACCCGAAUAAUCCGGCUGAUAGAUGGGACUGUAUUCAGGGCUUUUACCAGCUCGUCAACAAAGAAACAGACGGGCCCCAGGUCGCCACUCGUCUUCUUGCCCAUAAAAUCCAGUCACCACAGGAGAAAGAGGCCCUGCAGGCUCUCACUGUUCUCGAGGCAUGUAUGAACAACUGUGGGAAGAGGUUCCACAGUGAGGCCGCUAAGUUUCGCUUUCUCAAUGAACUCAUCAAAGUCUUAACACCGAAGUACUUCGGUGCAUGGACCCCACAGAAAGUUAAAGACAGGGUGGAGGAGGUUCUUUACGGCUGGACACUUUGGCUAAAAGACGAACCCAAGAUCCAGGAAGCUUACAGCAUGCUGAAGAAACAAGGUAUUGUAAAGAAAGAUCCCAAACUGCCAGACACACUGAUUAUGGCUCCUCCACCACAAAGAACCACAGAGUCUAUUUUUGACCAAGAGGACAAGGCUACGCUGUUAACAAGGUUAUUGAACAGUGGCCGCCCUGAAGACUUGGAAACGGCCAACAGGCUGAUUAAAAGUACUAUCAAAGAGGAGCAGGAAAAGGCUGAAAAAGUGUUGAAGCGCGAGUCUGCUCUGGAGGAGGUGAAGAGCAGCACCAAACAGCUCAGAGAACUGCUGGAGCUGCAUAUAGUUAAAGGAACGUCAUUACAGCUCAGCGAUGACGUGAAGGCACUUUAUGAGCGCUGUGACCGGCUGAGGCCCAGCCUUUUCCGGCUGGCCAGUGACACGAUGGACGAUGACGCUGCUCUGGCACAGAUCCUGGCGGCCAAUGACGAACUAACACUUGUAGUAAACUCUUACAAAGACUUGAAAGGGGGAGGCGGGAGUGGAGGAAGAGCAAGAAGUAAAAGUGAAGAAGUGACCAUAGCUCCUACAAGCCCAAGGGAGAUUAAGAGCUACCACCUCAUUGAUCUAUCAGCACUGGACUCUCCACAGACCCAAAGAAAAGCUGAUUCACCCCCUCCGUUUGAAUCCUCUUCAUCCUUCUUCUCCUCUCAUAUGGACAACACGUUUUUUUCAAAAGCUGAACAGAACUUAAAUGACUUCAAUGACUUAGAGUUUGAUAAUAUUGUCUCAAAAAAGACUGAAGAUGAUCCAAAGUCAUAUUAUGAAGAACUGAUGCGGCUUGACGGAGAUGUUCAGAUGACAAAUGUUGAACAGAAUGGAGGAGGAGAUAUUCUGCUGAGAGCCCGUGGAUGUACAAACGGACCAAAUAUUUGGUCACUCCCUCACACUCAACAGUUCACAGAACCAGGAUCCUCUUCAAAGUCACCCGAACAACCAAAUGAAGUUUCUGGAUCUCCACUGAAACUGGAGGAAAGCUCAUUUCCCUUUCAGCCACUGAAGAAUAUCUUCGUUCCUUUGGAGACCAUCAAACCUAGUCAGCUACAGCCAGUCACGCUGUACAACCAGGCCGGUAUCCACGUGUCGCUACAUUUUGCCAAAGAUUGUCCAGCCGGGCAUCCAGAUGUGGCUGUGGUUGUCAUGUCUGCAGUGAACACAUCUGCUCUUGAUGUGAAAGACUUCAUGUUCCAAGUGGCUGUUCCAAAGAGCAUGUUGGUGAAACUUCAGCCCGCCAGCAGGACACACCUCCCCCCUUACAACCCUCUCCUUCCUCCACCUGCAGUGUCACAGGUCAUCCUGUUAGCUAAUCCUCAAAGUCGUAAGGUUCGUCUGCGUUACAAGCUGGCACUGACGCAUGGAGACCAACAGCUGAACGAGACCAGAGACAUUGACAGCUUUCCUGACUGGACCUCUUUAAUCACCCGCUAAAAAUUCUGCAUCCUCUGAGCAGCACUCUGUGCUGAAUCUGAAAUCUAGCAGUUCACAGCAGGAGAAGAAGGCAUACUCAGGGAGAAAAGAACCAUUCUACUUAAAGUUGGAGAAGUCUUAAAGUUAACAUAGCGAUCAUCCAGUGUUUAGACCGGGGUCAUCUUGUUCAGGAUUACGAUGGGGACACGGGGAACACCCUGAGCAGGUCUCCACUCCAGAGACAAAUGAAACAACCAGCAAUCACUCCCCUGAAAAAUGUAGAAUCCUCAAUUAGACAAACGCAUGUUUUUGGACUGUAUGAAAAACCAAAGAAAGACAUUUUGUGUUAAAAACUGUACCGUAGCGACAUUUUCAAUUCAAACUUUGAGUCUGAUUUGCUGUAAUCUGAUUAGUUAUCCAUCAGCCAGCUGAUCUCUUCCAGCAGCCAGUCUCCUCUGCAGCAGAUGGAGCAGGAACGAUGCCACAGGGCUUUAAGCUUGUGUUUUUGUGAAACGUUUACCCAUCUGGGGUUGGAGCUUUGGUUAGUGCCGCAGUCUAGUUUUUCUGUUGUUGUUUGCAGCAUAAACAUGUCUGCUUUAGGUAUGUAAAACAUUUUUGAUGAGCAAUCUCCGAACAAAAGUCAGUUUGACUUAGUUAAAUAACUAUGAUGCCUGUUUACUGUUUAAAGUCGUGUUUACUAUUGAUUAUUCAAAAGUCAGCAGUUCACCAGGGUUUCUUCAUCCCCUGAUUUCUGUCUUAUGUUGUUCUCAACACAAUGUCAUAAAACAGUUUGUUCACCGUCCGUCAACCACAUCUGUGUAUGUUGACAAGUUACUGGUUACGUCUGUGCACAUUAAAUAGUUGUAUUUAUUUGGCCUGAAAUGGAAGAUGAUGUGCUUUUAAUGUGUAUUUAUUUUAAAGAUGAGGUUUCCAAGGGAGUGAAGGCUUUUGCUUCUUCCUUGAGGUCAAACUUGGUGAAAACUGUGAUUUGUCAUCAUUCUGUUGUAUUUCUUAAUUUAUAUCAGUGUUUCUAAGAAGUUUUGAUUCACUUCAAACAAUUAAAGAAAAUUGUUUGCCACUUUGACCAAUACUUUUGCUUAGACAGUAAGAAAAGGAAAAUCAACAAAUUCAUUAUGUACAAGAAAAUAAACCUGUAGCAGAAAAGUGUGUUAAGAGACAGAGUUCUAACAGUAUUAAAAUUUGGUUUAACAUUGUUGGCACUCUUAUUACUUUUUUUUUUUCCUUUUUCCUGCAAAUAACAUUUGUAAUUGCAACACAUUUGUUUAUGUUGGAUCUUUCGAGUCUUUUGUUUGUCGCUUAUUUGCUUUUCUGUUCAGUCAGAAACUUGUCUUGAUCUGCCUGUUUGCUGGCGUUGCUGCUCAUGGUCUUUGCAGCCGGAUUUGAUGCCAUUGUUUUAUUUUUCAUGACCAUAAGCAGUGUUUUCUUACCUACCGGCAUACCUGUGUUGUGUUAUAAUGCCUUAAAGUUGCCAUUCAAGCCCAAAAUAAAGAGUUCACAAUCA